CGACACUCCUCGACUUUCUCACCCCUCGUCACUCUUCUCGCCCGCAACGACUGCACAGGGACCAAGAGACAGGACGCCAUGUCAAACUUCUUUCGCUCAAUGGGGCGGUCCUCAAGACCGAAGAAGUCGCCGACUAUACCGUCGAUGCCAUUUGACGGGCAGCCGGGCGCCCUCGGCCAGUCCAACAAGCCCCUGUACAUGUGCAACCCGUUUGUGAGGAGCGCCCUCAUCAAGGGCAGCUUCAAGACCAUCGUUGUGCUGCCCAAAUUUGUCGACCAGAAGGAGUGGGUUGCUGUCAAUCUCUUCGACUUUUUCAACAAUCUCAACCAAUUCUACGGUGUCCUCACCGAAUUCUGCACCAUUCAGAACAACCCCACGAUGUCGGCCGGAGCUGGCCUUGAUUACACAUGGAUCGACCAGAACCGAAAGCAGGUCAAAUUGCCAGCGCCUCAAUACAUCGACUAUGUCAUGACCUGGGUCGGCGGCCUGCUGAGCGACGAAGCCACCUUCCCAACCAAGGCUUCUCGCGAAUUCCCCCCGACGUUUCUGACCACGGCCAAGCAUAUCUACAAGCAGCUGCUCCGCGUCUUUGCCCACAUCUACCACGCCCAAUUCCCCUACUUGGUCCACCUGUGCUGCGAGGGCCACUUUAACAGCCUCUUCGCCCACUUCAUCGCCUUUGGCACCGAGUUCGACCUCUUUAGCUUUGCAGACUUUCGCGGCCCGACCGGUUCGGGUCAACCCUACCCAGGCGUGUGCGACCUGAUUGAGAAGUGGGUCGAGAUGGGCAUCCUCAGUCCCGACACGCUCAAGCGGUAGAGCCUUCUUCGUUCCCGCACUGGUCAACAUCUCUUGGACUCUCGGUCUCGCUCUCUCAAUUACUGUAUUAUUUGCCUCAUUCUUCUUUCCCUUGACGACGAUAAACCACACAUGACGAUGGAUCUGCAAGUGAAUGACAGUCAUACGUG